UGUUCUCGCAUAAAAGUUCGCGUUCAAACGGUUCAUACCAAUCGAUAUAUUAGCGCAGUUCUGAUCCUUGCAAAUAUCAUGACCAUGGACAAGUAUUUCUGUAUAUUAGUCCUAUUGCCAUUAGCCGUUGGUGAGAACGGAUUAUCUGGUUCAGGAGCAUCAUGCUCAGGAGGGGAGUGUGCAGCUGAUAAUGAAAUUUGCUACAGUAGCAACGACGAUACUCUCAAUUGUUAUUGUCCGUAUGGCUUUAUGGGUGACAACUGCGAAGAACCGGAUACCAGCCUCAUUGACGAAAAGUGUGAGAUACCAGAUAAACCAGAGAAUACUUGCGAUGACUCGGAUAUUCCAGACGAAUGUGGAAGUGGGUGCGGAGAAUUCGGUAUUUGUUGCUCAUCUGGAUGCGGGAGGAAGUGUACAACUAAUCCAGAACUAAAGUGUACAACAAAAGCUGAUUGCAAACCAAAACAAGGAUGUUAUAAAGUAGAGGAAUACUUCGUCUGUAUGUGCGCGCUUGGAUUCGAAGGAGAUGAUUGCAUGGACCCCACUGCAGAUCAACGAUGUCCAUUUCCGAGUGAUAUCAUUGACGUUUGUGAACAAGCAAACUUUGACAAAUGCUUUGGCAAUGAUGAAUGUCCCACGAGACACAUAUGCUGUCCAUCACCGGACGCCUGUUCGAGCACAUGUUUACCAAUAGGCUGUGAUAAUGCCGAAGAACUAAAAACAUGCACGGACCAGAAUAAACUAUGCAUAAACGACGACUCUACCGAUGGUUUCAGUUGCUUAUGCCCCCUGGGGUACGGCGGUUCCAUGUGUGAAACAGCAAUAUCCGAUUUCGAUGAAAAAUGCGAGUUUCCUGAAGUCACUGGCGAUACCUGUGUCGAAUUCGAGGAUCCACCGACAUGUACAAAAAAUGAAGAUUGCGAAGAUUCCAAAAUCUGCUGUUCAACAGGAUGCGGAACUAAAUGCGUAGACCCAGAUUCACCUACCCGCGCGCCAUUGAAUCCGCUUUUGAUUGCUCUUGCCCUAUCAAACCGUGGGCGUCAAUCUCCCAUAGUUCCAGCACCACGUGCACCUUAUUGUCCAUCGAACCUAUGCAGUCAACUAGUUUGUCCCAAAAAUGUUGGCGCAAGAUGUCAACCGAUCUGGGGACGAUGUGAUAUCCAUUUUUAUGACCAGUAUACCAAUCAGCUGAUUACACAGUAUUGUCAGUGCGACAGAGGUGUGCAAGAAUACAGGACUUGUUUUGCCAACAGUUGUUCUGACAUCUAUGGAAGACCAUUGGUGUGUCACGGGAAUCCCCACGCAAAAUGUCGCGUAACAAGAUGUGGAUCAUGUAUGGCAUAUUGGAUUGAUGAACGUACGGGACAACGCGUUCAAUGUGCCUGAGUAUUAAAUCCCUCUGUUAUCUCAAGUAUAUAUCAGCAAUUCAAUGAUUUUCUUGCAUUUUUGUUACUUACAACAUUUCAACAACGUUCACUCAUAAAGUUUUUAGUACGGACAAAUAAAACCAAGGAUUUCUACUUAUUGAUACGCAGAUGUGAUUUGCUGGGAUUUGCCCUUGAGAUCGCACAUAUCUGUGAUAAUCAAAUUUCUCAUUUCAUAUAUAUAUAUAUAUACGUUUACAUUGCACGUAUACGUGGAGCAGGUUUUGAGAAUACAUGAUAUUAGAUUUUGAUUUUCUUAUACUGGAAUAGAGAAUUCCACGAUUAGAAGUUUACCCAAAAGUAGGUAUACAGUUAUCAAAAGUAGGGUUUAGGUCCAAAAGUAGGUUUGUAGUUCUCAUUUAGGCACUUUUAAAGUUCAAAGAAUGCUAGCUAUAUCGUAGACAUAGAAACUGUUUAAUUACUUAAGUGCUCAAAAUGUCCUCCUCCAACAUUGCAACAUUCUUCACACCUGUCCAAAACACUCUGACACACAGUACGGCACAAAUUUCCAUCUUCAUGUAUUACCUUCCAAGCAGCUAGAAAACUAAUGUAAAAUUCACACUAGAUUUACUAUCAAAAAAAAAUAAGCAGUUUUUGUGGUACUUAACAAGUAACAUAAAGUGAACUGCAAGUAGCUUCACAAAUCAUAAAAUAGUUUAAUAACUGUAUACACCUACUUUUGGGCCACCCUAUAUAUAUAUAUGAGAAGAUUAUUAUGAUUCGAGAUAACGAAUAAAAUUGACCAUGCAAUUCUA